AUGGCUGCUUUGAAUCUCUUCAAUCUCUCGUUUCUUCUCAGUCUUCUCUCCAGCUCAAACCCGAGCUUGUGGCCUGGGAAUCAUGGUGAAAAGGUUUGGGUUUUUCCGCCCACGUGCAACCGUAUCGAGUGCCCAAACUACGACGUGAUUCAUACUGGGAAUGGCUUUGAAAUUCGCCGUUAUAAUUCCAGUAUGUGGAUUUCUACAUCUCCUAUUGAUGAUAUUUCCUUGGUCGGUGCCACCAGGGCUGGCUUUCUCCGGCUAUUUGGCUAUAUCCAGGGCAAUAAUAGUGAUAAACUAAAAAUAGAAAUGACAGCUCCAGUGAUCACUGAAGUGAAACCAAGUGAUGGUCCCUUCUGCGCUUCAUCUUUCACUAAAUGGGGACCGACUUAUGUUGCAGUAAGGCAAUUUGGAGGAUUUGUAGAUGACGAUGAAGUUGGUGAGGAGGCUGCUGCCUUGUACGCUAGUGUUGCUGGAACCAUUUGGUCAGAUGCUAUUGACAAGAGCUAUUCGGGUGGGAAUGCGACAGAGUACAUUGUUGCACAGUACAAUUCUCCAUUCGAGUUUCGGAACAGAGUGAACGAGAUCUGGUUGACAUUUGACUUGGAAGAUGGUUUUGCAAUUUGA